GGGCGCGGGAGAAACACCUCAGCUCGGGCUUCUUUUUUUCGUGAAGACGGAGGGGGGAAAGGAGGGGUCGGCCGCAUUCACAGGUUUUCAGGCUCACAUUACAGGUGCUACUGAUCUCUAAAGACCAGGCAGGCUUCAGAAUAAGUUCACUAAAUCAAGAUGCCUUUCAAAGCAGGCCUAGAAUUAACCGAAAUGCAGAAUAUGACAGUUCCUGAGGAUGAUAACAUCAGCAACGACUCCAAUGAUUUCACAGAAGUAGAAAAUGGCCAGAUGAAUAGUAAAUUUAUUUCAGACCGCGAGAGCAGAAGAAGCCUAACCAACAGCCACUUGGAAAAGAAGAAAUGUGAUGAAUAUAUUCCAGGCACAACUUCAUUGGGAAUGUCUGUCUUCAAUCUCAGCAAUGCCAUUAUGGGCAGUGGAAUAUUAGGUCUUGCCUUUGCGUUGGCCAACACAGGAAUCCUGCUCUUUACGUUGCUUUUGAUUUCAGUGACGUUGCUGUCUAUUUAUUCAAUAAACCUCCUGUUGUUGUGUGCAAAGGAAACAGGCUGCAUGGUUUAUGAAAAACUUGGCGAGCAAAUCUAUGGCACCCCGGGGAAGUUUAUUGUUUUUGGAUCCACAUCUCUUCAGAACACAGGAGCAAUGCUGAGCUAUCUCUUCAUAGUUAAAAAUGAACUACCUGCUGCCAUAAAGUUCCUUAUGGGAGAAGAAGAAACAUUUUCGGCCUGGUAUGUGGAUGGGAGGCUUCUUGUCGUAACGGUGACAUUCUGUAUAAUCCUUCCCUUGUGUCUUCUUAAAAAUUUAGGGUAUCUCGGCUACACAAGUGGAUUUUCCCUGACUUGCAUGGUAUUUUUUCUCAUAGUGGUUGUAUACAAGAAAUUUGAAGUUCCUUGCCGUCUGGAUGAGAAAAAUGCCACCGCGCCUCUGUCUCCAAACUCUAGCAUUGCCUAUGUGGAUAUGUGCCAACCCAAGUAUGUCACCGUUAAUUCCAAGACCGUGUACGCUUUGCCUACCAUUACAUUUGCAUUUGUCUGCCAUCCCUCGGUCCUUCCAAUCUACUGUGAACUUAAAGAUCGUUCGCAGAAGAAAAUGCAGAUGGUUUCGAGAAUCUCUUUCUUCGCCAUGUUUGUCAUGUACUUCUUGACUGCUAUUUUUGGCUAUUUGACAUUUUAUGAAACCGUGUCGUCAGAUCUGCUUCACAAGUAUCAGAAUAAAGAUGACAUCCUCAUCUUGACGGUCCGUGUUGCUGUCAUAGCUGCAGUCAUCCUCACAGUCCCAGUGUUAUUUUUCACUGUGCGUUCUUCUAUAUUUGAGCUUACUAGAAAAACCAAAUUUCACUUGUGCCGUCACGUUGUGGUUACGGUGAUCCUUCUGGCGAUCAUUAACUUGUUAGUUAUUUUCAUACCUUCCAUGAAGGAUAUUUUUGGAGUUGUAGGGGUAACUUCUGCCAAUAUGCUGAUUUUUAUUCUCCCAUCAUCACUUUAUUUAAAAAUCACCCACCAAGAUGGAUCAAAACUGAUUCAGAGGAUUUGGGCCUCCCUCUUUUUGGCAUUAGGAGUAAUGUUUUCCCUGGUGAGCAUUCCUCUCGUCAUCUAUGACUGGGUGUAUUCAGGAGACACAGCUGAAGGCCACUGAAGUUAAUGGGACAUUAAGAAGAAUACAUUUCCAUUUUGCUACUCACACCAAAAUCAUUAUCAUCCCAUUUUGUUAAUACCCCCAUCCACUCUUUGUGAGUAUCCUUCAUGAACUCAAAACAAUGGAAUACCAGUAGGAUGCAAUGUUCUACUGUGGGUUGCAGCCAACUGAGUAUUACGCAAGAGUAGUCCCACUGAAAUUAAUGGAUGCAAGUCAGUCAUGCCCAUUGAUUUCAGUUGGUCUACUCUGAAUAGGACUAACAUUGGUUACAACCCAAUCAUUUUAUGUUACCUUAUUUUAAAUGUUAUCCUUCAUGUUCCCACAAGCUACUGGAUCAGUAUUAAGUUUAUGGUGGCGGUCAGUACCAUUUUGCAUACUCAUAGAUUUGUCCAUUGGCCAUUGGUGUUCUGUGUGUGGUAACUGACACUAAAAUAAUUGAGGUUAUAUACUUGCAAAUUAAUAUAUCAAUGUGUUUUAAACUACAAUCAGUUAACCAGCCUUGAUCAAACUAGAGCGCACUUCCUGGAGAUAAGUUUACCUCUACCUGAUUGUUCUUGUCCAGCGGUGUGCUUAGUGGAUAGAUAAUCUACCAUUAGGUUACAUAUGUAUGUAAUCUAUAGGGUCUUUGGUAUCCGUGAACAAAGC